GUGGCUAAUUGCAUUGCUGUGGUAGAGUUUGCUUCCACAAGUACAGUACCUUGUACCAGUACAGUACAGAGACUUACCUAGACACGAGAACAUAAGAAUAAAGUUGUGUCUUCGCUGAUUUACUUAGAUAUUUAGGAGAGAUCGCUACUACCUCAUGAUCCGAGGGUCAUGCCGUCCCAACUGAUAGAGUUCAGGGUACAAUAUAUCGACGAUGUUGAUCCUUUCAACGUACUAGCCAGCAUCAAACAUGCUGAACCCACUGUACCCAAGAAGUACCAGUUUGUCAAAGGUCUCUCCCUGUAUGACCAGCUGCCAGGGCUCAAGAAAUUGCUCAGAGCUCCUCACAAGAAAAUUGAGGACAUGGUGCUGGUAUACUACCGACGUGAAGACAACGACCUGAAGCACCUCGAUGGUGAGGCAAGUAUCGAGGAGCUCAUUGCUGACUUCAACCUCAUCACUGACAAGAUGAGCGUGAUUGUGCUGAGGACCAAGCUGUCUGUCAGAGUCCACACUGUCAUCGAGACACUCCUCAACUCUGAGGGCACUCCACUCAGACAAGCACUGUUUGCUCUCAAGAGAAUAUUCAAAGAUGACGAGGACCUGGUGUUGGAGUUUGUCUACAACCAAGGUCUCAAUGCCCUCAUCUCAGUGGGCAGAGACAGUGAUCAGACCUACCAACAAUACAUCCUCAAGGCCCUGGGGGAGCUGGCUGUGUAUGUGGAUGGUAUGCACGGGCUCAUUCAAUGCAACGAGAUGAUACAGUGGCUCUACAAGCUCACAGAGUCCAAGUACAGCACGGUGGUGAAGGCGUCCCUCGACCUCCUACUAGUGUUUGUUAAUUACACUGAGAGUAACGAGGGGGGCAACCUCAGUGCUCUCCUGGGAGGGGAUUCCCCCGCCCGUAUGGACUCACCUGACGCCCUCCCCUGUGCCCUCCUCUUCAAGGACGCUAUAGAGGAGGUCGCCGAGAGUACAGGCAAGGAGCCGUGGUCUCUGCUCCUCUCUAUCGUGGAUGAGAAGUCCACAAUGGAGCCAGCCAUACAAGCCAAGGCCAUGAGCCUCAUCACUAGGACCCUGGCUGGUUUCAAUGAUGUGGAGAACUUCUGUGAUGUUGUGGAGGCCUUGGAAGGACAGGGCAUAGAGAAAUGCAUGGACUAUCAUCAGAGGAAAAAGAAAAACCACGACCUACUUAAGGAGAUUACUACCUAUGAGGAGACGAUUCGGCAGGUGUACAGUGUUGAGUUUGAUGAGCAGCCCUCGUCCGAUGGGACUCUUCGUAGGGUCAGAAAGGUUAAAAACACAGCCUCCUCGAGCACUGUGAACUCUGGCAGUGAGGGCAGCGCUCCCAACACUCCCAAGCGUUCUGUAUCCCUCACCAGCGACAAGUUACGUGCCUCCAUUUCAUCGAGUGCUCUUUCCUCGCUACUGGGAGUUGGAGAUGGGGGUGUGGUCAAGAGUAGGGGGACUUCCCCUCGGAGAAGUGUACACAGCAGAGAGAGCUCUCUGGACAACACGCACUCCUCACCAAAGAGAAACGGCCUUGACCCAGGCCACCUGUCCCCACUGUCCUCGUCCACCCCAGUACCCACCAGUCCUCGGAUGGGCCGAGCCACAAGUGCUGGGUCCCCCCUCACCAGGAAACAGCAAAGUGGACAGGAGCCGACCCCUACAGACUCCUCCCCCUCACUUAACGGGAUCACUACGGGAAGGAUGUCCUCAUCACGAUCACGGGAGCGACGACGGAGCAGCGGCCGAAAGAGCUUCUCCUCCGAAGAUGACUCACCCAUCCACAACACUACUAAAGUCAACGAAAGCAUCACAAAAACCACCUCUACCAAUGGUCACUCUGAAAGUAGCAUCAAAAAUGACGCAACUCGAACUACUAAAAUCAAAUCUGCUCCCAUUGACAAACUCAACAGUAGACUAACGAGCAGUAUAGCCGGUACUAAUGGAGUGUCAUCGAACAAACUUGGUAGUUCUAGCGAUACCAGUAUUAUGAGGAAGAGCAAAACCACGAGUGCAUUGCCUCCGAAAUCACCCGAGCGUGUCUCGAACAUGCGUGUAAACGGACGUAAGCCUAACAGAGAUAGUGAUAUUAUUCUCGACGUUGGCUCUUUAUUGGAUGAGCUGAUGGGCGGAGAUGUAGAGAGUUCGGAAGAGGAGGCUACAAACGAUAAGAAGACGAUUAAACCAAUGUCAACACCGAAAUCGCCUCGUGCUAUAAAGGAGAGCGUGAGUAGUCCGGUCAUUAAGCCGAAGAUAUCAGACGAUAAAGUUAGUAAGAACACAGAUGAUAAACCAGCUAGUAAGAUAUCGGAUGAUAAGCCAGCUAGUAAGAACACUACUACUACUACGGCACCGUCACCAAAACGAAGCCCCUCCCACACCAACUUUGGCGAGGAAUUGCCCGUCUAUAGCUUGAGGUCACGCCGCUCUGUAAACAGAAUGGAGGGAGGAAUAAAGAACGAUAGUGAAAAUAGUACCAGCCCAAUUGUAGCAUCUCCGAAAUCCCCUCGUAAAGAGAUAAGUCCAAAAACAACCUCUGAUGUAAGUUCAAAAACGACCACUACUAAAACAGAGUCAGUUGUUAAACCACCCCCUCUGAGGUCAGAGUACAAAGUGAGUACAGAGGAAGAGGAGCAGCUGAAUAUGAGGGGGCAGGUCAGUCGCAGUCGUCGGAGCGUGCUACAUAACGGUCACCAUGCCGACAACGACGAGGGUGAUAAAGACAAAGUGGACGAGAUACCUCAUCGUAUGCGUGCCAGAUCUACCGUGAUAAGCAGCAAUGGCACUAAAGAUCGACUAAAAGUUCGUGCCUUUCAAGAUUUUACUCAAGAUAUGGAAGAGCAACAGAGCACUACUAAACCGAGGGAAAGUCGACGUAAAACACGGCCAUCGUCUGCAGCUGUUGGUGAAACCUCCAUUGGUCGAUCAGGCAGCUUCAAGCGACGACAACAAAUGGAUGGUGAUAAAGCUCUAGGCUUGUUCUACCAUAGUCGGCACUCACAGUCACAGUUUAAUGAUCUUGACACACUGGAUGAAUCGGAACGACACUCAUCCCGUGGGUCUAGUAUGGAAUCAGACCCUCGUAGCCCAACCCUCCGACCAAGGGACUCGCAUAGCUUCAGUCCCAGUCCUCUACCGCAAAGUCCGCUCAUCUCCAAGCAACAGACGUUUGAUCUUGAUCAGAGGAACAUCCUACCAUCUCCCCAGUCCCCCAAAGCUGCGGCUGCUGACGAGGAGAAAGAGAGUGAACUAGAGAGCUCCACAGAGAUGUCGGCUCUACAGAAGCAGCUGCUAAACAGACGCUCAAACAAGGUGAACCUGAAACAGAAGAAGCUCCUCGCUAUGAUGGAGGACGAGACUGUCAUCGACGACCCAAAGGCCAAGCUCACUGGAUUCAAGAAACUAGAGGAACCAGAGAACGUCCCGGAGACGGUGGCACUACCCACGACAGAGAUCCCCGUGGAGGAGAGGAGAGCGGACCUUGAGUGGGCGUAUGCUCCAACAAAUAUUCCCCUCAGGCAACUCAAAGUCAGGGGCCAUGAUUUCACUGAUCUCAUAGACAAAGAUGACGAGGAUUGUUUUAAAGCUCCACCCAUUUCAUUCGGUGGCCCACCCCCUCCCCCUGGACUUCCUGGAGGUCCUCCGCCCCCACCACCCCUCCCUGGCGGACCACCAGGAGCACCCCCUCCGCCCCCGAUGCUUGGAGGUCCUCCACCUGGAGCUCCGCCUCUUCCUGGUGGGGGACCACCUCCGCCACCACCUCCACCUGGCCUUAAACUUCCUGGAGCAUCAAAACCUGCGGCAGCUGUCGCUCUGAAGAAGCUGAACUGGCGAGGGCAGCCUCUUAAUGAUACGUUCAUCAAGCGAGGAGGAGCAGGUGCCAUUUGGAGACAGCUGCCCAAGGUUGAGAUCCCUAGAGACGUGUACACGGAGAUGUUUUCCCAGAAGCCGUCACUGCUCAAUCAAGCAGCUGCUGCACAACCAGGUAUUGAAAAGAAGGAGAAAGAGUUGAAUGUGCUGGACCAGCGCCGGUCCAACAACAUCCUGAUAGAGAUCAAUCGGCUUCCUGCCCCCAGGCAUAUCAAGACUGCCAUCCUCAACAUGGACUACUCGUACUUCAACAAGGAGAUAGUCGAGAAACUGCUCACCAACCUAGCAGCCACACCUGACGAGAAGACGGCCAUUGCUGAGGCCAAGGCGGCCAAACCCGACAUCCCCCUAGGGCGUGCUGAAGAGUUCCUCCACACACUGGCCUCCAUCCCAGAGCUACACGCACGACUGAGUCUGUGGAGGUUCAACUAUGUCUUCCAUCAAAUGGAGGAGGAGUUUGCAGACGCUCUAAUGGAUGUCAAGAAGUCUAUCGCUGACAUCAUGAGUAGCCCCACUCUCAAACUUGCCCUGGGCAGUUUACUAUCAAUUGGAAACUUCCUUAAUGGACGUGAAGUGGAAGCAUUUGACCUGGAGUAUCUGAACAGAGUGGCUGAUGUCAAGGACACUGCCAAGAAGGUGUCCCUCAUGACUCAUCUGGUGGAGCUUGUCAUUGAUCAGUUCCCUAAUAGUACAGAUCUUUACUCUGAACUGCCUCACGUUCACAGAGUGGCCAAGAUGGAUUGGAAAGACACCGAAAGCCUCCUUGAGAAGCUACACUCUGACCUUACCCAAUCCUGGGAACACUUGAGGGCCAUUGCUAAACAAGAGUCUUUCACUAACUCAAUCUCCACAGAAAAGAAAAUGAAGAGUGCAAAGUUCUUAUCAGAGGCGGCCGAGAGUCUAAAGGUCCUCCAGGUGGUGCAUCGGAGGGUCAUGAACCGGUUCAACACGUUAUACGUGUUUAUGGGCCUCAACCCGGCACAGGCAGAGAAACACCAAGUAAGUGGGUUCUGCAAGAUGUUGAGUGACUUUGCGAUGGAAUACAGGACAACGCAUGACAAGGUGCAGGCCAAACUGGAGAGAAUUAAACACGAGAAGGAACGCAACAAGAAGAGAGGGAAGCUGAUUGGCAAGCUUCGAAGUAUGGCUGGACGUGAUAAGGAUACGAGAAAGAAGGAAGACAGGAUCCAAGCAAUACGUGGGGAGGACGUGGACUCUGAUGCAGCCGACCUUGUGGCACUGCUCGCUAAUCAGGUCGUAAAGGACGAGAAGAAGAAACUGAGAUCAGGUAUACGGCAUAAGAAGAAAGGAAAGAACGACAAGAAGAAAAUCAUUCGUAGAACACUGGGUCGUCAAGAAGACUUUGAUCUUUUGGAUCAGUUCAAUCAGAGCCAAGAGAAAUAAAACACUAUCACUCCAUAUAUAAUUAUAUUAACUGUAAAAUUUUAGGUUUUUACACUUCACCCUUUUCAAGGGAGUGUGUGUGUGUGUGGGUGGGUGGAGAUCAUUAUACGUCACAUGUCAGUAAUCAUCACUGCAUCUCAUAAAUUUCUUAUCAAGCACUAAUAAUCUUUAUUUUUUGUCACACUGAACCAAGUUUUAUUGGUAACUAUUUUAAGAGCAGAUUUGUUCAAAUCAUGAUAAUAAUGUUUGAUUG